ACUCAGGCUAUUCGAUCCUGCAUGGUAACUCCCCUGCAUGAUCCUCUGAUUACCUCGGAAGAAUCUCCACCAACCAUGGACGCCAUCAGCAAUGAGGGUCUCCCCUGGAAUGACCGAGGAAAGGAGCCUUGCAGGCUGUUCUAGUUGAAAUACCGUCGAGGCACGCACUGUGCACCGCAAGGCAUGCCUUCCUCACACUAAAGCACGUCCGAAUCACUUCCUGACACCUUCCCACCACCAUGAAAUCUGCGCUGGCGGCGCUCGUCCUUGCCCUAGCAUCGGGCACUGCAGUUUGCGCGCCGUCGAAACGAUCGCAAGCAUUGCUGAAGAAGUUCUCUUCUCUGGUAGUCUUCGGCGACAGCUACACCGAUGACGGCGUCUACUCAUACACCCCACCAGUGGCAGAGCAGUCCACCAACGAAUGGGACGGCGGCCGGGCCUGGCCGAGCUAUGUCCAGCAGUACUCCGGCAUCAAUCUGUACGACUAUGCCGUCGCCGGGGCGGUAUGCGAUGUGAUGGUGGCCAACAGCCAGCGCAACGCGGUGAAACAGGACCAGCUGCCCGCCUUUCUGGCCGACCGCCAAUACAUCAACAAGACAACCGGCCAGACCGCGCUCAUCAACCGGCCCGAGGAGACGGUCUAUGCGAUCUGGAUCGGCACCAAUGACCUGGGCUACGGCGGAUUCCUCACCGAGGUCCAGCCCGCGGGCAUGCCGCUGACCUACUUCACCGAGUGCGUGUACACCCAGCUCGAUCGGCUCCACGCCAUCGGCGCGCGGAACUUCGUGCUGAUGAACCUGGCGCCCCUCGACCUGGCCCCGGAGUACGCCCUGCCGCAAAACGGGGGCCUGCCUGCCGGCGAGUACUGGACGGACAAGUCCACGUAUAAUGCCAAUAUCACGCAGUCGAGCGAGAAGAUGCGCCAGUACGCGACGAUGGUGAACGCCGUGUUCGAGUAUCAGACGCCGUAUGACGUCCAAAUCGCCAAGCGGUAUCCGCAUAGCAGCUUUGCCAUUUAUGAUGUGCACUCCUUGAUGACUGAUAUCUGGAAGAACCCGUCCAACUACCUGAACGGGACUGCGCCGUUAAAUGUCACCAGCUCGAUAUACCGAUGCGGCAACGCCUGCAAGUCAAACGCAGUACGUGACAGCUACAUGUGGUGGAACGACCUUCACCCGUCCGAGCAAACGGACCGCAUCAUCGCGCGAGAGUUUGUUAAAUUGGUCAAGGGACAGAGCAAGUGGGCCACGUAUUGGAGAAGCUAGAGUUGCCGGGUCGUAGGAUGAGCGAGUUGCUAUGCAAUGUCUUGUUGUGUCCGAAAAGAGAUAGCAAUCGAAAGCUCCUGUUUCCUAAACUGUAUGUUCUCCCUCAUUGGUGCUUCCAAGAUUUAGGUGUAGUUGAGGGUCAAGUGAGAACAGGGGAACGGAGGGACAAGUCAUGCAGACUUGAAUCCUUAGGCGGAUCGGCCCGGAAGUGAGCCCAACAAUUAUCCUGUCGACCAGGUUGAUAUCUAGUAGCUAAAAGGUUAACCAUAGUAUGUACUCCGUACUGAUCGUACCACUCGGACAGUUGAGGAGCAGAGUUUCCUU